AUGAGCGAUGGAGAAGGCAAGGAAUUUAUGGUACAUUUUGCUGACGAUCGUGAUAUGGAGAAUAUCGAAGAGGAACUCGAACUCGGAGUCGGAAACGAAGGUCUCAAGAUUGGUUAUCCUCAUGACGACCGGAGCACGGAAACACCUGAGGGACGCUCGUGCAAUCCGAUACCAGAUCAAGAAAGAUUUCUUCCCAUAGCCAAUGUUGCACGUGUCAUGAAGCGAAUGAUACCGAGUAGUGGGAAGAUUGCGAAGGACGCUAAAGAGUGUGUUCAAGAAUGUGAAAAAAGAAAGACAAUAAGUGCGGAUGACCUUUUGGAAGCGAUAAACAAUAUGGGAUUCGAUAACUACGUGGCUCCUCUUCAGUUAUUUUUGGAGAGGUAUCGAGCAGCUCAUAAAUUGAGUCCUGGCUUCAGCAAUUCAAAUACUUUCUCAAGAACCUUCAGAACCUCUUCGAGUGCGGCACUCAGUCGAGAAUAUUCAUCUCGAGCUAUGAUGGCGUCAUCGCAGCCGACUUCCACGUCCACAGUAGCUACACACUCAUACCAGGCGACGACAUCAUCUCAUGGAUCACCUGACCUCGCACCGAGUACGUCGUCUUCCAACGGAGCUCCAGUUGUACUUGCCAGUGGACUUGCUGGAAUGUCUGUAACGGCAUUACAGCAACAACCUAUGCAAAUUUAUAUCGAUCCAGCAAGCAAACAGCAUUAUAUGGCAAUCGAAACUGAACAAGGAAUGCAGCUAUACCCAAUACAAAUACAAACUGAUGGCCCUGUCGCGUAUUCUUUUGCCCCGGAAGUGUCCACAGCAGUGUCGUCCAAUGCUGGCUCUGGCAAUCAGACAUUCAUAAUGAUGGCUGCGGCAGACGUGGAUGACCCACAUGCUAACACAUUGGCCGCUCAGUCAGCUUCACGAGGGCAGUCGACGGCAACGAAGUAG